ACACCGUCCGAUAUAAAAGCCCGACCAAGUUAAACACACCGACGCGCAGAAGAAGCCCAAAAGCCACACGCCUCGCACAUUUCACAAACACAAAGAAAGAGACCUUCCAUAUCUCCAUGAGAGUCAGAGCUUCUCUCAACGCCUUCUUCUUCUUCCUCCAAUCCCACGCAGAAGCUUCGCGAAACGCCUCUGGAACAUCGUCCCCAAUGUGGUUUCCAGCUUUGAAGGUACUGCACCGUCUCAAUUUCCUUACUGCCCAGAUCUGAUUCUCGCUUUUGUACAUCACCUAUACUGCUGUUAAAGCUUUUCCAUGUAAAUCUGCCUUCUCAGCUAUCACUCUAGAGUUAAAUCUAGCUCUGUUAGAUCUUUCAUUCUCAUCACAUAUAUACAUAUAAUAUAUAUAGAUGUCAUAAUUUGUUGAAUUGGUAUGAGAGAUUGAUUCAAGAAACAAAGAGAAAUGGAAGCUUAUACUGAAAAUUCCCCAAGAAUGAGAUUGGAUCAUUCAAAGAAAGAGGGAUCCGAAGAAACCCAUUUGUUGAGAUUUGAGUUAGAACCUCCUGGUAACGAUCAUAGGUUCCAUUCAAUGAAUGCUCUGGAGAUUUUGAGGGAAACUGUGAGAAUUCUCCGGUACAAUUCGUGGGGCUUUUUGGCCAUUGCCGCCUUGCUAAUUUGCCCUUUGUCUGCCUUGCUUUUGUCGAAUUUGCUAGUUGAUCAGUCACUUGUAAAGAGACUAACCAUUAGGAUGUUGUUAAUUGCCAAGUCCAGUGGCCUCCCUUUGAGGGAUUUUAUCAGUCAUUCUUGCCAGAGGUUUGCUGAGAUGGCUAUCUCAUCCACUAUGUGCUUUCCUCUGUACAUCACAUUGUCUUUGUUGUCGAAAGCCGCCGUGGUUUACUCUGUGUAUUGUAGUUACUCCUUGAAGAAGUUUGAUGUAUCCCAGUUUUACUUAAUUAUGUGCAAAAUAUGGAGACGGCUUCUUUCGACGUAUGUGUGGAUGUGUAUGGUGGUUGUGGGUUGCCUCGUCUUGUUUUUGAUUCUUCUUCUUGCUGUGUGCAAUACAUGUUCCAUAUUUGGGUUGUCACCUCCUCAUAUUGUAUAUGCUGCAAUGGUGGUUGGGCUCAUCUUCUCGGUUAUUUUUGCCAAUGCUAUUAUUAUAUGCAACAUUGCUAUUGUGAUCUCUGUGUUGGAGGAUGUCUCAGGACCAGAGGCAUUGGUUCAGUCUGGGGUUUUAAUCAAGGGCCAGACUCAGGUGGGUCUUCUGAUAUUUCUUGGAUCAACAAUCGGAAUGGCAUUUGUUGAGGGGCUGUUUGAGCACAGAGUGAAGACGUUGAGCUAUGGAGAUGGGUCUUCUCGCAUAUGGGAAGGGCCUCUUUUGGUGAUCAUGUAUUCGUUCGUGGUGCUCAUCGACUCCAUGAUGAGUGCUGUUUUCUACUUCAGCUGCAGAUCUUUUAAGAUGGAAACAUCUUUAGACAGCGAGUCUCAUUCAAUUUUGGAAACCAUAAACUUUUCUGCUGAAUCAGUUGGUAUUCAAUGACACCAUAUGUACCACCAGCACAACCUUUUUUAUUCAAUAAUUUUGAAGAUGGGAGCUGCUAUACGAAAAAUUAGAAUUUCAUUGCCGGUUCGUGGUACCAUCUGAUCAAACAGUGCAAACUUGUGCCUUGGUAGAACUUUCAAGACAAGGGUUCAUGGCAGGCGGUAACCUCUUAGUGCAUUUCAGCUAGUUGACAUAUGCUUCAUAUGAGUGCAGACUUUGACUUCUUGAGGGAGAUAGAAGGGAGGAUGAAGAAUGAGAGGUAUCUGAAUGUCUGGUAAUUGCAAAGAACUGAUGUAGAAGUGUCAAUUUGCUUCAAAAAUGAAUUUACAAAUCCAUAGUUCAAUUAA